AUGUCGAGCGCAUUCCCUAUUCCAGAUCUCUGGACGUGGUCUCAACCUUCCAUGGUGACCAUCACCUCAAUAGAAACCGAGACCGUACAUCCUACCUGGAUAUACACGUUAAUGCAGGUUAUUUCCUCUACCGAGAUCCUGUCAACACAAAGCCUAAUGCCUGCGAUGGUUAUUGUGACCGCGUCAAUUCAUUUUUCAACCGGCACAGCUCCAAUGACGUCUACAAUAUUGUCGGAAACUACAACGUUGGCAUUGGAGUCAACAACGGCACCAACCACCAUGGAGAAUCUUCCGAGUCCAACUACUGUUGGAUCACAGUACCUCACCACCUCAAGCCCUAGUACAUCGCGCUAUCGUCCGGAAAUAACCAGCUCCGCAAUUUCCAGUCCAUCGGGCUCAACCAUCAACCCCACAUCAAGCCCAUCAACAUCAACAUCAACAUCAACAUCAACACCGGCGACCCCAUUCAUUGGCAUAGCCACAAGCGCAAGCAUCUCCAGCGCAUCAACCCACCCCACAAAAACGGGUCUAAUAGUCGGUACCAUCCUCGGCGGCACCGCCCUAAUCUUCAUGCUCCUAGGGGUAUUCCUCUGCAUCCGACGCAACCGCAAAGACCAAAGCAAAGACAUAAAGCAGCGCCUCCUCCGCGGCGACUCAAUAAGUCCGACCCACCACUCCUCGACCCCAAUGUCCUCCCCAAACUUGCCAUCACCACCCCCACCUCCACGACCAAACUACACCAACAACCUCCCACCCGCCUACUCAAAUCCAGACCUUUCACUGGAUAGCAUGUACCUGCGGCGCGACGGUGCCAAUCCGGACCCAGACAUCCAUCCACCGUCUCCAGUCGAGAUCUCCUCUCGGAUGACUUCCUUCCGUUCUACUUCCUCGACGGAAGGGGGAUUGGGAAUACAAGACUCUUGGGAUCUCGAGCGCGGCGAACAUUCGAAACAUGAUAGUAUGCGCAGCAACCCUUUUGAUUUGGAGCCUCCGCCUAGCGUGUAUCGAUCGAAUGAUACUCUUCCCGCGACGAGGGGUGUAAAGUUCUAG